CGACUGUGAUCAAGUGACCGGUAGUGUUGUUGCCAUGGAUGCGGCGGAGCGGGUCGGUCGAGUUCGGCGGCAACGGGGCCAGGGGCUUCCUUCCCUCCCCUGGGCCUGGGCCUGGCUCACUCUCACUGCCCGCAUCGGAGCCGCCGUCUACGUCCUGGACGACAAAGGAGGCCUGGGCCCGCAGUUUGACGGCAUUGGCGGCCUGAGCGGUGGCGGGGCAACUUCCCGGCUUCUUGUGAAUUACCCAGAGCCGUAUCGCAGCCAAAUCUUGGACUAUUUAUUCAAGCCAAACUUUGGUGCUUCCCUUCAUAUCUUGAAAGUGGAGCUUGGUGGUGAUGCCCAAACAACAGAUGGGACUGAACCAUCUCAUAUGCACUAUGAAAAUGAUGAAAAUUACUUCAGAGGAUAUGAGUGGUGGCUGAUGAAAGAAGCUAAGAAGAGGAAUCCUAAUAUUAAAUUAAUAGGGCUACCUUGGGCCUUUCCUGGUUGGAUUGGCUGUGGAAACGACUGGCCUUAUACCUGCCCAGACAAAACGGCCUAUUAUGUUGCCUCAUGGAUUCAUGGUGCUAAAUUGUAUCAUAAUCUGGAUAUUGAUUAUGUUGGGAUUUGGAAUGAGAGAGCAUUUGACACAAAGUACAUCGAGCUGCUGAGAUACACCAUGGACAAAAUGGGUCUAGAGCAGGUGAAAAUCAUAGCCAGCGAUAAUCUUUGGGAUCCAAUAUCUUGGUCUGUGCUUCAAGAUACUGAACUAUAUGAUGUGGUCGACAUUAUUGGAGCCCAUUAUCCUGGAACAUUUUCAAGCAGUAAUGCCAGGAAGACAGGGAAGAAACUAUGGUCAUCUGAAGACUACAGUACUGUGAAUGAUAAUGUUGGAGGAGGUUGCUGGGCUCGUAUACUUAACCAGAAUUUUGUCAAUGGCAAUAUGACUUCUACAAUCGCAUGGAACUUAGUGGCAAGUUAUUAUAAAGAUUUACCAUUUGGCCAGGAUGGACUGAUGACUGCAGAUGAACCGUGGAGUGGGCAUUAUGACGUGCAGUCACCCCUUUGGAUUACAGCACACACCACACAGUUCACUCAGCCAGGAUGGCACUACCUGAAGACUGUUGGUCACUUGCAGAAGGGUGGCAGUUAUGUGGCCCUUACUGAUGGGAAGGGAAAUAUCACCAUUAUCAUAGAAACAAUGACCCAUGAUCAUUCAAUAUGUAUCAGGCCACCACUACCACCUUACGAUGUCUGUCGGCAAAAUGUGACUUUUAAAUUACAAGGAUCAUUUAAAAAUAUUAAAGCUUUGAAAGUUUGGCAUUCAAAAUUUGACUUUGUCAAGAAUUCAUCUACAUUUUUUAACCAGAUGUCUGAAAUCAAGCCCGUCAAUGGAUCAUUUUCACUGCAAUUGGAGUUGGAUGAAAUGUACACUAUAAGCACCGUCAAUACAGGAAAUCGAGGCAGCUUUCCUGAGCCACCAGCCUCUACAUCAUUUCCCAAAGUAUAUAAGGACAACUUUAAUGUUGAGAGUCCACCAUUCAGUGAAGCACCUAAUUUUGCUGACCAGACUGGAGUGUUUGAGUACUUCAUAAACUAUCAAGAUCCUGGUGACCAUGUGUUCACCCUACGCCAGGUCAUAACUCAGCGACCUAUAACUUGGGGAAAUGAUGCUGACCAAACAAUUAGUGUUAUUGGUGACUACAAAUGGAGAAACCUGAAUAUAACUUGUGAUGUACUCAUUGAGACUGCCAACACUGGAGGUGUAUUUAUUGCUGGAAGGGUAAACAAAGGAGGUCAGGUUGUUCGACAUGCUGCAGGCUUAUUCUACUGGAUCUUUGCUGAUGGGAAGUACAAAGUUACAAAUGACCUCCCUGGUAAAACUGUGUUAGCUUCGGGCCAGUCAGGUACACGUGCAGGAAAAUGGCAUACCCUCACUCUUAUCAUUCAGGACAAUUUAACAUUCGGACUGUUGAAUGGCUAUCCACUAUGGAAGAAUGUUCAUGUACUUCAACCGCAGAAUGGUUGGGCAGCUAUUGGAACACAUUCCUUUGAACUGGCUCAGUUUGAUAAUUUUCACGUUGAGGCUAGUUAACCACCUGUGAAUCAUCUCUGCAAAUCUUAAAGUUUGUGUUAAUAUAGUUAUUUGCUGCAUUUGUAACCUUGAUGUGUCUUGAUGAAUAAUGUGCUAUUCUACAAUUAAAUAUGGAAGAGAGUAAACUAAAUUUAACAAGAUGUAUGAGUAUUUAAUUAAACCCCACUGUCUUUUAAACAUUCAGAAUUAAAAACGUUAAUAUCAAUAGUGUACCCAAUACUGAUAAAUUAUGCAGAGCAAGUGCUAUUGUAACUAAUAGAAUUCAACUUGAAACUGUACAUUUCAACCAAAAGUGGUUAUAUAUGUAAUGCAAAUAUCUGCUAAAGUGUAUAUUGAGAUUGAACUUCUUCAAAAUGAAUGGAUGGUUAAGGUUCUUGAUGGUAUUGCCUAGCUACUUGCAUCCAGUUUGCAGGUGAAAUUGAUAAGUCACUUUUAAAUCAGGCCGUCUCCUGGAUUUCCAAAUUUGUUUUUCUAAUGCAAACUUUGCCAACUAAAGCUCAACAUUGAAGUCACACGUUUAAAACUGUUUGUCCUUCAACCAAUAAAAAUACCAUAAUCUAA